AUGGCCUCCUCGGCUCGCCGCUGGGCGCGCAAGCUCGAGCGCUCGUGCUGUAGUAGUAUCAAGUACUUCCCUCUCCUCUUCGUCUACGGCCUGACUACCUGGGCCGUCUUCGUGCUGGUUACGCUCAGCUUCAAUGCGCCUAGGGUGUCCUGGCUUGGCAAGCCGACGGCCGUCGCUGGCACCGCUCUCUACCUCAUGCUAAACUGGUGCUACACCGCCGCCGUCUUCACCCCGCCCGGCAGCACCACCAACGACAAUGGCUACAGCACCCUUCCCACCCACGCCUUGCCGGUCGCUACGUCCUUCACCGUCAAGUCCAACGGCGAGCUGCGAUUCUGCAAGAAAUGCCAGGCUCGCAAGCCCGACCGCGCCCACCACUGCUCCACCUGCCGCCGCUGCGUGCUCAAAAUGGACCACCACUGUCCCUGGCUAGCCACCUGCGUCGGCCUGCGCAACCACAAGGCCUUCCUGCUGUUCCUCAUCUACACCUCCCUCUUCAGCCUGUUCUGCUUCGCCGCCUCCGGCGCCUGGGUCUGGGAGGAGGUCUUCGUCGCCAACACGACCUACGUUGACAGCCUCAUGCCUGUUAACUACAUCAUGUUGUGCGUCAUCGCCGGCAUCAUCUCCCUGGUCAUUGGUGCUUUCUGCGGCUGGCACAUUUACCUGGCCACCAAGGGGCAGACAACCAUCGAGUGCCUCGAGAAGACCCGCUACCUCUCCCCGCUGCGCCGCAGCAUGCACCAGGCCUACAUCAACCAACACACCCCCGGCCAAGGCGUGCCCUUGCCCUCGUACGGCCAGCAGCUCCUCGACCUGCACCAGAACGCCCUCCCCGGCAUAACGCGCCCGGAAGAAGGCGAGGACGUCCGCCGCGAUCCGUCCCCCGUCGCGCGGCACCACCACCACGAUCUCGAGUCCGGGCCGCCGACCUCCCCGCUGUCCAACGGCCCGCAGCUCCAGGCCGGUUCCCGCCGCUUCACCUACGAUGAGAUGGAGCGCUUCCGCGCCCGUAAGCGCUACGAGGAGUAUCUCGACGAGCAGGACUCGACCAAGCUGCCCAACGCGUUCGACCUGGGCCCGAAGCGCAACCUGUUGCACCUCUUCGGGCACAACCCGUGGCUGUGGGGCCUGCCGAUCAGCAACACUACCGGCGACGGCUGGAGCUGGGAACCGAAUCCCAAGUGGCUGGCCGCCCGGGAGCGGCUGGCGCGCGAGCGGCUGGAGCAGGCCGCGAGGGAGCGCGCGGCCGGAUGGGGCCCGGGUGCGGACGACACGGAUGGCGACGAGCAGCCGCAUUACCUGCGUCCUCGCCCACGGUCACCACCACAAGCGUCUCAGCUUAACGGCAAAACCACCAUGGCCACCCCCAGCCUAUCACCCCUGCCCUCACCCGGUGUCGGCGGCCGCAAGACACCCAGCAAAGCCGACCGCGUCCUGGGCCGCGACCCGAACCUGUACGCGGACGAGCCCUCGCCCGCCCCACGGGCCGGCGGCGAGACGGUUGCGUUGAGCCGGCUCAGCCAGACCGGGAGGACGAUUGAGGACGAGCUGGCCGAAUUCGAUCGGGAGGAGGAGGAGCAGCAGCAACAGCAGCAGCAACAACAGCAGCAACAACAGCAGCAGCAGCAACAACAGCAGCAGCAGCAGCAGCCGCAACAACAGCAGCAGCCGCAGCAACAGCAACAGCAGCAGCAGCAGCAGCAGCAGCAGCACCACCACCACCACCACCACCACCACCACCACCACCACCACCAGCAGCAGCAGCAGCAGCAGCAGCAGCAGCAGCAGCAGCAGCAGCAUCGGGGGCGGAAGCCGGACGAGGCCGAGCGGAGAGCCCUGAACGUCGUUACGAACGGUCGCUGGCGCCCAAGGAACCCCGCCUCGGCGGGUACCCUGCUACGGGGGCCUAGGUCACCGGGCUUGUUGGGCGGAGCUGCCGCCGGUAUUGGUGGUGGUGGUUUUGGAGGGAAUAGCGGUGGGAGGAGGUCGGCUUGGGGGUCAUCUGAAAGCGACGAUGAUGGCGUUGAUUGA